AUGAUAACUUGGAACCUAUUGCACGCAAGAAUAAGCUGUAUACACGCAAAAGCGCUGUUAUUUCUUCAUUUUUCGUUGUUGGUCAAAGAAAUAGUACCUGGGAACCCUGAAUAUUCAAGCUCUGAUAUGGGGUACCUCAAUUCAGUUUUGUCCUCCUCAAGCCAGGUUCAUGCGGCAGAAGAUUCACCUGUCAGUGGAGGGGGCCUCAGUCAGAAUGGCAAAUUCAGCUAUGGGUACGCUAGCUCCCCUGGCAAGAGAUCUUCAAUGGAAGAUUUUUACGAGACAAAAAUUGAUGGUGUUGAUGGUGAAAUUGUUGGCCUUUUUGGAGUUUUUGAUGGCCAUGGUGGUGCCCGGGCUGCCGAAUAUGUCAAGCAAAACCUAUUUAGCAAUUUGAUCAGCCAUCCGAAAUUCAUUUCUGACACCAAAUCUGCAAUAGCUGAUGCAUAUAACCAUACAGAUUCUGAAUUCCUGAAAUCUGAAAAUAAUCAAAAUAGAGAUGCUGGAUCAACUGCUUCCACUGCCAUUCUUGUUGGAGACCGUUUGCUUGUUGCAAAUGUUGGGGACUCCAGAGCUGUUAUAUGCAGGGGUGGAAAUGCUGUUGCUGUUUCCCGAGAUCAUAAACCAGACCAAACUGAUGAGAGGCGAAGGAUUGAAGAUGCUGGUGGCUUUGUUAUGUGGGCUGGAACUUGGAGAGUUGGUGGCGUUCUUGCUGUCUCUCGUGCAUUUGGUGAUCGACUCCUGAAGCAGUAUGUUGUUGCUGAUCCAGAAAUCCAGGAAGAAAAGGUUGAUAGCUCUCUUGAGUUUCUUAUAUUGGCCAGUGAUGGGCUAUGGGAUGUCGUCUCAAAUGAGGAAGCUGUUUCCAUGAUUAAACCGAUCGAGGAUGCUGAGGAAGCAGCAAAGAGGCUAAUGCAAGAAGCAUAUCAGCGAGGUAGUUCUGACAACAUUACAUGCGUUGUUGUUCGUUUCUUGUCGAACCAAGGUGCUUCUUCUCAUAGUAACUCUGGCUAA